UCCUAGCAUUCCUAAAAGACAAAAAAAAACCAGCUGUGCACGUAUGUUCUCAAUAGAAAACUGUCUAAUGAAUGCAUACAAUAAUUUAUUGUACUAUAGAAGAAAAUCUAUCGUUAAUAAAACGCGACAAUGUCAUUUUUGAUAAAAAGUGAAAAAUACAGAUUUGUCUUUGAACAAAACAAAAGACGAUUUGUUUCGACACAUAAAAGAGAAAAUAAGACAAUUAAGGUCAUUCGCCUGUCUUUCAUAGUAUCUCAUUUUCUCAUAUUAUCUUUACCUGUCUCUUUUUUUUUUUGGUGUCUAUUCACGAGACAUAAACUAAUUUAAAUUUGUAUGUGCAUACUUUCUUAUAUAGUGAUCAUCACCAUCACAUCUGUUGUCUCAUCUUUCGAUCACGAAUCGAUUUCAUCUGUCUCAUUCUAUUCUCUCUCGAUAUAAAUCUAUGUCAAACAGACGAUUGUCGAUGAUGUUCAGUUGAGUAGUAAAGAAUUCACACAAAAAAAUGUAUGAUCGAGAGGACAAUAUAGAGUCUACUGCCAUGCAAUAUAUAUGUAUGCAUACGGUUCACCGUUCUUUUUUUUUCUUCACUCUUUCUGUGUGAAUAUGUAUGUGCACACAAGAUGAAUUUAUUCAACAAGGGACAGAAUAGUGCAUCCUGACCGAGUUAUAUGCUUUUAUUCUUUGUUGGCGUAGUAAAUGAUGAUGGUGAUGAUGAUGAUGAUGAUGAUGAUGAUAAUGAUGAUCAUGAUGAUGAAAGAAUAACGGUAAUGGUAGAGAUUUAA